GCCCACGUUUGAUUAUUUUUUUUUAAAAUGGUUUCAAAGUUGACCUUUACCCUAGCUGCAUUCUGCUUAGUUUACGUUUUAGUUGAAAGUUCUUUUAUAAAACCUAACAACGUACCGAGGGUAGGAAGAAGCAAUGAAGCUGAUGGCCCAUUUGAUCAAAGUAUGAUGGGAUACGUUAUUAAAACUAUUCCCAGUAAAAAUAUACCGCGAAUGGGUCGCAGAAAUUACGAUUCGGCGAAUCGUUUUGAUAUUCCAAAAUUAUAUCAAGUUCCUUCCGAAAACUCAGAAUAUUAUGAAGAUGAAAAUAUAUCUAAACUGACUGCAGAACAAGAAGAUUAUUAUGGAAAUCAUUGAAAAAUUAUUCAAGACAAUCUGGUUUGGAAAACGAUGGAUUAAUAUAUUUGUUUCUUUUCUAGUCACUGUUAACUAUAUAAACUUUGAGAAUAAAUAAU